UGUUUAGUGUUUUUCGCGUGUGAAAUUAUAUUCAUUUUCGAUAAAAGAUGUGGAAUCCAGCUCAGCAUAGAUUACAAGCUUGAUAGAUAAAAAGGUUGGAGGUAACGGUUGUAGUAUGCAGUGCUUACUCAAAAGCAGAAACCAUGACAACAACAGUUGAUUCAGAAUGGUUUCCAGAGGAGAAAUACCGAGUUCAGAAAACAUGGCUUCAGAGUUUCUGCACAAGGGUGUUGAAGACAGGGCCAGUUCCAAAACACAUUGCUUUCAUCAUGGAUGGCAACAGACGAUUUGCCAAGAAGGCAUCAGUUGAGAAGGCUGAAGGACAUAGGAGAGGUUUUGAUAAAAUGGCUGAGAUGCUGCAGUGGUGUCUGGACUUGGAUAUUAAGGAGGUUACUGUGUAUGCCUUCAGUACUGAGAAUUUCAAACGAUCAAGGGAGGAAGUGAAUGGGUUGAUGGAACUAGCAAGACAGAAAUUUGCACGGUUACUUCAAGAAAAAGAGCAACUGAUGAAACAUGGAGUUUGUAUACGAGUCUUGGGAGAACUUCAUUUACUACCUAAAGAUGUGCAAGAGGCAGUGGCAGAGGCUAUGUACUUCUCACGCAAUAACACAAAUGCCAUAUUAAAUGUGUGUUUAGCUUAUACAUCAAGAAAUGAAAUAACCAAUGCAAUGAAGGAAAUGGCGGUUGGAGUGGAAGAAGGAUUUCUGAGACCAAGUGACAUUUCAGAAGAGCUUUUAGAGAGAUGUCUUUACACUAGUCACUCUCCUGACCCAGACCUACUUGUCAGGACCUCAGGAGAAGUCAGACUCAGUGAUUUCCUCUUGUGGCAGAGCAACUAUUCUGUCCUGUCAUUUGUUGAUGUACUGUGGCCAGAGUUCACCAUUUGGCAUUUCUACUCAGCAGUUCUUCAUUAUCAAAGAAAUCAUGCCUCAGUUACAGCAGCAAGAGAAGCAAAUAAACAAGAUCAGGCUGAGAGACAGCAAAGGUGUGAUCUGACCUGUGCAGUGCGGGAGCUGGAAACAAGACGAGAGCAGAAUCAGGAAACAUCAACAAACAUGCAGGAAAAACUCAAACAGUACACUCAAGAAAGACAAGCCAGGAUAACCAAAUUCCUGGCUCAUCUGGAAAGAAAGAGGGCAGAAAAUAUAAAUUGUCUUCUUCCAGAAGCUUCUGACAGAGAAAGGCCUGUAACUAAACUUGUACCAACAUGUUGAAAGCUAAGUAGGCGCAGAUGUUAAUUUUAGGUAAGAUUGUAGGCUCAUUUUUGUUGCAUAUUGAACCAUGUGUAAGGAUCCUGUCAUCUCUGAUUACAGCAUAAAAGCCUACAUUUCAUUUCACUUAUUUAGUUUGCAGGAUUAAAACACAAACAAUUUACAAAUGUAAGAGAUACAAAAUAUACGCUCAAAAAUAUAUAUCUAGUUAAGAAUCUACACCAAAAAACCCCAAAAACCACACAAAAUACAGUAACAGACAAACUUACAAACAACAGCACAAGCGACAACACCAUAUCCACUCAAACACAAAACACUUGUAACACCCCUGCAGGAUUGCAAAAAAGCAAACUUAAUUACUAUCGAGUUGCUCUCCUGCUGCUGCUACAAAAAGACCGAAAAAACCAACAAAAAGGACAGCAGACAGAAAAACAGGAAAUGAACAAACACAACGUUAUCAAAUCACCAAGAAAAACAAAACCACAACGAACAAACAAACCAACAAACACCCCAACGAACGAACGAACAUUUCAUUCCUGACGUUUCUAUUCAUGGUUUGUUUCUCAGGGGAAAAGUAAAUGCCAGCUUCUGAUCCUUUCGGGAAAAAGAAAUCUCAGAUGAAUUUCAGAUGCUGUUGGUCCGGUGCUUCAGGUUUGUUCCCCUUUGCAGUGGAUAAAACGUAUAUGUACCCAAAGUUAAAAUUGGAAGUGUUUAGUGUAAUAUGAAAAAAUAAGACCAACUCUUCACCCUUAGAAUACCUUUAAUACAAGCAUAAAGUGUAAUUUUGUACAAAAACCAAACACACAACAGUACAUGUUAGAACAUGUUAAUGUUUGAAACAUACUGUACAUAUUAUGCCCUGAUAACUUAAUGAAAUGCAGAAUGUUUUGAUUAUUCUGUCGUUAAUUUCAGCAGUGAAAUUUCUUGCUCUAAAAUGCUUUAAAUUUGCAGCAGCUUAUGGUAAUGUUGAUAACAGGUAUCUUUGAAGUCUAUUUGUUAAAAAUCUGGCCUAUUUGUUUAUUUAACAUAUUGUACAAAAGAGAGGAAUUCAUAUAACACUAAAAAGUCAUAACUUUCAGGAUUAGAAAGUUCUUUUUUAUUUUAGUCAGACCUACAUUUUCAUUUGAAAAUGAUCGUGUUUACAUUUUAAUAACAUUGACAAAUGUAAAUAAAAGUGAUUGUAGAGAAAGUUGGUA